AGACAAAAGGCGGCGGCGGGAGCGGGCGGGAGGCGGAGCGGCGCCGCGCGGGCCUCAAGGUGACACCCGCCCCCGGCCCCGGCCCCCCCAGCCCGGCCCCCCGGCCCGCCUGCCCACCCCCGACCCCGGCCCCUUCCCCGCGGUGCCCUUCACAGGCCCCCUCCCCCCGCGCGGGGGGUGGGGAGCAGCGAGGGCCCGCCCCCUCCCGCCCCCUCCCCCGGGCCCGCGCAGGAUGCCCCGGGCCCCCGGCAGCCCCCCGGGAGGCCCUGAGCUCCACGCGCCCCCUCUGCGCCAUGUCCCCCCCGGGCUCGGCCGCGGGAGAGAGCGCCGGCGGCGGCGGCGGCGGCGGCGGCCCCGGGGGCCCGGAGGAGCCGGCGGCGGCGGCGGCGGCGGCGGACGAGGGCCCCGCCCGAGAGGAGCAGCGUCCCAUCCAGCCCUCUUUCACCAAGUCCCUCUGCCGUGAGUCCCACUGGAAGUGCCUGCUGCUCUCCCUGCUCAUGUACGGCUGCCUGGGGGCCGUGGCUUGGUGCCACGUCACCACGGUGACCCGCCUCACCUUCAGCAGCGCCUAUCAGGGCAACAGCCUCAUGUACCAUGACAGCCCCUGCUCCAACGGCUAUGUCUACAUCCCCCUGGCCUUCCUGCUCAUGCUGUACGCUGUCUACCUGGUGGAGUGCUGGCACUGCCAGGCCCGCCACGAGCUGCAGCACCGUGUUGACGUAACCAGCGUCCGGGAGCGUGUGGGCCGCAUGCAGCAGGCCACGCCCUGCAUCUGGUGGAAGGCCAUCAGCUACCACUAUGUCCGCCGCACCCGCCAGGUCACUCGAUACCGCAACGGAGACGCCUACACCACCACCCAGGUCUAUCACGAGCGAGUCAACACGCACGUGGCGGAGGCCGAGUUCGACUACGCGCGCUGCGGCGUCCGCGACGUGUCCAAGGCGCUGGUGGGGCUGGAGGGCGCGCCCGCCACGCGCCUGCGCUUCACCAAGUGCUUCAGCUUCGCCAGCGUGGAGGCCGAGAACGCCUACCUGUGCCAGCGCGCGCGCUUCUUCGCCGAGAACGAGGGCCUGGACGACUACAUGGAGGCGCGCGAGGGCAUGCACCUCAAGAACGUGGACUUCCGCGAGUUCAUGGUGGCCUUCCCGGACCCCGCGCGGCCGCCCUGGUACGCCUGCUCCUCGGCCUUCUGGGCCGCGGCGCUGCUGACGCUGUCGUGGCCGCUGCGCGUGCUGGCGGAGUACCGCACGGCCUACGCGCACUACCACGUGGAGAAGCUCUUCGGCCUGGAGGGCCCGGGCUCGGCCGGCAGCGCGGGCGGCGGCGGCCUGAGCCCCAGCGACGAGCUGCUGCCGCCGCUCACGCACCGCCUGCCGCGGGUCAACACGGUGGACAGCACGGAGCUCGAGUGGCACAUCCGCUCCAACCAGCAGCUCGUGCCCAGCUACUCGGAGGCGGUGCUCAUGGACCUGGCGGGGCUGGCGGCGCGCGGCGGCGCCGGGGCCGGGGGCGGCGGCUACGCGCCCACCUGCCGCUACGGCGGGGUGGGCGGCCCGGGCGCGGCGGGCGUGGCGCCCUACCGGCGCAGCUGCGAGCACUGCCAGCGCGCCGUCAGCAGCUCGUCCAUCUUCUCGCGCAGCGCGCUGAGCAUCUGCGCCAGCCCGCGGGCCGGCCCGGGCCCCGGCCCCGGCGCAGGGCCGGGCUGCGGGGGCAGCCGCUUCUCGCUCGGCCGCCUCUACGGCUCGCGGCGCAGCUGCCUGUGGCGCAGCCGCAGCGGGAGCGUCAACGAGGCGAGCUGCCCCACCGAGCAGACGCGGCUGUCCAGCCAGGCCAGCAUGGGGGACGACGAGGACGACGACGACGAGGAGGAGGCCGGGCCGCCGCCGCCCUACCACGACGCCCUCUACUUCCCGGUCCUCAUCGUGCACCGGCAGGAGGGGUGCCUGGGCCACAGCCACCGGCCGCUGCACCGCCACGGCUCCUGCGUGGAGACCUCACUGUGACCGCCGGCUCUCCAGAAGCCCGCCGGCCUCCCCGCGGCCCCUGUCUGUAGCCGGGGGUCUCGGUGAUGACAGGCUGUGCUGAGCACGGAGGGCGGUGCAGGGAGGCCAGGGUGAGCGGGACAGACCCAUGGGGCUGACACCCCCGCCUUUCCUGUACAGAACGGGGAAAGAUGGGUGGGAGGGGCCGGCUGUUCCUGGAGGUUGCCACUGGGGCGGAGCCGGCUCUUUCCAGCCCCGCCCCCGAGUUCCGAAGGGGACCCCUUCCUCCCCAGAGGCAAUCCAUCCAGAUUCCCGCCCAGCCCUUCAACCAUCUGACUGUUAGGUGGCCGCUGUGCUGUGGGGCCUGCACCGGGCCUCAUCUCAAGUGAGAGGCAUCGGCUGUGCAGCCAGGGAGGCCCAGGGGCUGCGAGGAAGGGCAAAUUUGGGCUCUCCUUCCUUCGCUGCCUGGCUCCCCAGGGCCACUCUCUGCUGAGAGGCCGUGGUUUGGUGAACAGCCCGGCUGGCUUCCAACCAGCUAAUGGAUUCCGUGGGUCUGAGGCCCGGCCAGGUGUCAGCCCCCAUCUCAAAACCAAUACUCCAUCUCAAAGCCAAUGCUCCAUCUCAAAGCCAGUACUCCAUCUCAAAGCCAAUACUCCAUCUCAAAGCCAGUAAAUACUCCAUCUCAAAACCGUGGACAUGUUGCUACCCUCCUCUUGGCAUGUGCCCCAGAGACGGGGGUUCCCUUUCUGAUGCUCUCACCACGGUUGUUUAUUUCACUGGGUCCUGGAGUUUGGGUCCA